AUGGUCCUUUCACAUAGAGAUACUAGCGAUCCAUCUUCGUGGAGGCAGGAAACCUCCCUAGAUGACAUGAAGAAGGAGUUUACCGGAUGGGACCCCAAACUCACAAAGGUCAUAUCACUGAUUGAUUCAUGUUUAAAAUGGCCGCUGAUGUCUGGAGCCACGAUGAAAACAUGGGUUUGCAUGGAAAGAAACCUCGUCAUGAUGGGCGAUGCUGCACAUGCCAUGGUUCCUUAUAUGUCUCAGGGCGCCGCAAUGGCAGUCGAGGACGGCGCGGCUCUCGCAUCUCUCCUCACCCGUAUUAGUGGCCCCGAGGAACUGCCAUUCGCACUUCGUGUCUACGAGAAAACUCGAAUGAAGCGCUCCGGAGACAUGCAACGCGCUAGCAUGGUGAAUGGAUUGAUUUGGCAUUUCCCCGAUGGGCCCGAGCAGGAGGCAAGGGAUGCUAGUAUGAGGGCAGAGGUAGAGGGCAGAAGCUUCUCGUGGAGUUCAAACCAAUGGAGCGACCCAGUCACGCAAUGGUGGGCCUAUGGGUACGAUGCGGAAGCCGAAGCGGGGAGGGCUUGGGACCGCGAGGUCUCUAGACUUCUCCGUUCGUCUCUUUGA